AUUUCACACAAUAUUACAGAAGUUUGCACUUUGCCACUUUGCCCCAAUCUUUCCUCGCAGUUUCAGCUGGUUAUCACUCCAAUAGCGUCACGCGCCGCCAUCUCCCACCCGAAACGAUGGAGCUGAGAGUAGGUGCGUACAUAAAAAACUCGGCGCUAUGUAUUUCUCCCAUUAACCACGCAAAUUCGCCUGGUUAUUGCAGUAGCCGUGCUUCCUCAUGCGUAUCCGUUCGUGCUCCUGGGAGCUCCUUCUGGAGAGUAUCUACCAAGGACAUCAACCCGAAAUUCGCGCCAAAGGUAAAAAUGAUGGCUGCAGCUGAUUCUUCAUUGGACAUUGAGCGGCUAGGUGUGCAGUUAUUGUGCCCAUUGGAUGGCCGUUAUUGGGAUAAAGUCAAGGACUUGUCACCUUUUCUUAGUGAAUUUGGCCUUAUUAAAUACAGAGUGCUGGUUGAGAUUAGGUGGUUGUUGAAGAUGUCUCAAAUGUCCGAAGUCCCUGAGGUCCCGAGCUUCUCUGGAGAUGCCAAGUCUUAUCUUCAAAAAAUAAUUGAUUCAUUUAACCUGAAUGAUGCCUUGGAAGUGAAGGAAAUUGAAAAAGUGACUAACCAUGACGUGAAGGCUGUUGAAUACUUCCUAAAACAGAGAUGUCAGUCGCAUCCAGAGUUAUCUAAGGUGCUCGAGUUCUUCCAUUUUGCAUGCACAUCUGAGGAUAUUAAUAAUCUAGCUCAUGCAUUGAUGCUGAAAGAAGCUCUUAACAAAGUGAUACUACCAGAAAUGGACAAAUUGAUCUCUGCAAUAUGUAACUUAGCCACUGUCAAUGCUUCCAUUCCUAUGCUCUCUCGAACUCAUGGACAGAUGAAGUUUCACGGCAAUGGUAUUAACCUAGUUAACGUUCUGUCAUCCCACCAUGCCUUUAAUCUCAAGAUCGUUGUGAAGAAUACCCUAUUUGAUAGUUGUUUUAUUGUGGAGUUAUCACCGGCAUCACCAACAACGUUGGGGAAGGAAAUGGCAAUAUUUGUACAUAGGCUAAGUGAAGAACGGAAAGAAUUAUCCCGUAUCGCAAUUUUGGGAAAGUUUGCUGGAGCUGUUGGAAAUUACAAUGCUCACAUGGUUGCAUAUCCUGAUGUUAGUUGGCCUCAAGUUGCAGAAGAGUUUGUCACAUCUCUUGGAAUAAGUUUUAAUCCUUUUAUUACUCAGAUUGAAUCUCAUGACUACAUGGCCCGAAUUUUCAACUCUAUCAGCCUGUUCAACAAUAUUUUAAUUAAUUUUGACAGAGACAUUUGGGGUUACAUUUCCUUGGGUCACUUUAAGCAGAUUACUAAGGCCGGUGAGAUUGGGUCCUCAACAAUGCCCCACAAAGUAAAUCCAAUCGACUUUGAAAACAGUGAAGGAAAUUGUGGAGUUGCAAAUGCAGCCUUAUCGCACUUAAGCUUUAAGUUGCCUAUUUCCCGCUGGCAGAGAGAUUUGACUGAUUCAACUGUUCUGAGAAACAUGGGUGUUGGACUGGGGCACUCUCUUCUUGCUUAUAAAGCCACAAUAAAGGGAAUUUCUAAGCUACAGGUCAAUGAAGUUUCUUUGGCUGAAGACUUGAACAAGUCCUGGGAGGUUCUUGCUGAGCCUAUACAAACGGUAAUGCGAAGAUAUGGUGUACCGGAGCCAUAUGAGAAACUUAAGGAGCUAACGAGAGGGCAAGAAGUGACUAGAGAAAGCAUUAGAGAAUUCAUUGAAGGCCUAGAUAUCCCAACUCAUGCAAAGAGAAGACUUUUGGAUUUGACACCCCAUUCUUAUAUUGGGGCGGCAGCUGAAUUGGCCAAGAGUUUAGAGUCAGUUUCGAGUGUUGUUAAUGGAGCUAGUGUAUUAUGAGUGAUGCUAUUAGGCUUCACUUAGUUUAGACAUAUAAAAGAUUUACAAUUUUGAAGGUUUUAAGUAACAAUGUUAUUUUGAAGGUUUUAAGUAACAAUGUU